AACUACAAAUAUAAAAAAGUCAAAUCCAAAUACCCUACUUCUUUCUUCUCUGUAAAGAGGGUUCCUCUUCUUCAGCUUAAACCCUAGCAAUGUCUGCUAUUGCUCGAUCGAAAUCGCGCAUUUUCUCCAUAAUUUCAAGGAGUAAUCGGCGAUUUUCUUCAACUGUAGCUUCAGAACCUCCAAAGGAACCGAUAAUUUCAUCGUCUUCUCUGCUCAAAGAUCAGGCUCCGCCAUCUCAGAAUCUUCCUCCUCCUACGGAAUCUUCUGUAGCUGAGAAGAAAUCAUGGAGUUUUCUCAAGUAUAGUGUUAUUGCUGCUGUUACCGGUGGUGUUGCCACAGCUGGUUACGCUACCUACGCAUACACAACGGAUGAAAUUGAGGAUAAGACCAAAAGUUUGCGUGAAUCUGCGAAAUAUGCUGUUGGAGAUGAUGCAUCUGCUUUGGAUAAAUUUCAAGCUUUACUAUACUCCUCGGCGAUGACAGUGCCUGCCAAGUUAGUUGAGUUAUACAUUGAGCUAAGGCGGUUGACAGAAGAUCAAGUUCGAGGUUUUAGUGAACCAACAUCAGACAAGCUCCUGCCAGAUUUGCACCCACUUGAGCAGCAUGUCUUCACUCUUGUUCUUGAUCUUAGUGAAACAUUGAUAUACUCUGAUUGGAAGCGUGACAGAGGCUGGAGAACAUUCAAAAGACCUGGGGUUGAGGAUUUUUUGGAAUAUUUGGCUCAAUAUUUUGAGAUCGUUGUAUACUCUGAUCAACUAAGCAUGUAUGUUGAUCCUGUUAUCGAAAGAUUGGAUCCAAAGCACUGCAUCCGGUACAGGCUAUCAAGAGGUGAUACUAGAUAUGUUGAUGGCAAGCAUUUCAGAGAUCUUUCCAAGUUGAAUCGGGAUCCCUCAAAGAUAAUAUAUUUGAGUGGACAUGCACUAGAAAGUAGCCUACAGCCAGAAAAUUGCUUAGAAAUAAAACCAUGGAAAGGAGAGGCUGACGAUACUGUGCUUUUGGAUCUUAUUCCAUUUCUUGAAUACGUUGCUAAACACAGGCCAGGUGAUAUCCGAGCUGUAUUAGCUUCAUACCAAGGAUGUGAUAUUCCUAAAGAGUUCGUUGAGCGAUCCAAAGAGCACCAAAGGCGUAUUCAAGAGCAAAAGCAGCAUGGUCGAUUAUGGCGCCGCUAGAGAUAUGAGUUGGUUGGUUUUGAGAGGCAUAAAUUAAAAAAAGAACCUAAAAACUAUUCCUUUGUAAGAUUUAGAAUAGUUGAUAGAUAGACGUAAUACUCUACAAUCCCAUUUUUGUGUAGCCAAAAUAUUUGUGCCAGUUGAGAGUAGUUGAUCCUCUAACAACAUGCCUGUAUUUUUUUUCCCUU